AUGACUAAAAAGAAAAUUAAUACUAAAAAUAAAGAAAAUAACAACAAAUCACCACAAAAGAUUGCUAGCAAUGAGUCAUCGAAUAAUCAAGAAAAAAGUAAAUUCUUUAUAAAUAGUGGUGUUGGUGAUAGACCAGACCAAGCUAUAGAUAUUGCCAAUCUAUCGGAUCGUCAUUUACUAUAUGAAGAGGCUGUUCAGAGUCCAAAAUCGGAUGUCGCCUUUUGUAGUUUAUUGUUCCAUCAGCUGCGUCAUAGGAAGGCACUGAUAUUCAAAGAAGACUUCUCUGGAACAUCUAUUCUCGGAACUGAAUGGGCCAAGUCUGAUCCAGAGAGACAAUCGAUCUGUGUGGAUUUGGAUAGUGAGACCCUCGAUUGGGGACGUGCCCGCCACGUAGAGGCAGCAGGUGCAGCGGCCGAUCGUGUCCAACUGAUACAAGCCAAUGUUAUGGAUGUCAAAAUCAACACCGCCCGAAAAGUAGAUUUAAUAGCAUCGUUCAACUACAGUGUCUGUUUGUUUCAUAGGCGUAAAGAGGUAUUGCAGUACUUUAAGAUUGCCUACGACACUCUCGUUGAUGAUGGACUAUUGAUGUGUGAUUUGUUUGGAGGAUAUGAGUCAACUAUGAAUACCGUGCAAUUCAGAGAGUUUUCAAAGUUCCGAUAUAUUUGGAGACACGAUAGUUUCGAUGCCAUGAAAAACAGUAUUAAAUGUAGUAUUUCCUUUGAAUUCCCAGAUGAAUCCAGUCUGCCAAGAGCAUUCACCUACGACUUUAGACUCUGGACUAUUCCAGAGUGGAGAGACAUGCUUUUAGAAGCAGGAUUCACAGAGGUUAGAGUUUGGUGGAGAAAUGAGAGAAGUGCAUUUGUAAAAGACUGCAACAAUGAUUCGCAUCCGUUAUCAAAACAAAACAACGAUACUAAAGAGAAUAACGAAUCAACUGAUGACGACGGCGACGAUGACGAGGAAGUGGACGACAAUAAAAGAAAAUAUUUGGAAAAGAAGAGAUUGAAGCAAAUGAAACACCACAUCAAUAUUUCUCAACAAAAACAACCAACCAAUCAAAGUUCAGAACCAGAUAAAUAUGUUGAGGUUCAAUCAAUACCCCAAACACCGGCUUGGAAUGUAUAUGUUGUAGCAUUAAAAUGA